AAUAAUAGACGUGUCAAUGUAAGUGUCCGUACCCGAACAUCUAUUGAAAGAAUAUAGCUCUGCCAUCGAAUCAUAUGGUAGGAACGUCAUGGAAUAAUUUCUGAUCUCGCCCCUCUCACUUUACUCCACGUGCAAGGAGUACAGGUAUUGACACGCUAGUAGUGUAGGCAAGUUCAUCAUCGAAGGCGGUGGCCGAAGAGGAUUAGUGUUUCUCGAACUGAUUGUGAUCACAUUCUCAUAUUGGGAGCAUAGCAGAAAACUAGGUGCUAAAAUGGCAUCAAAAGUGGUGGAAAAUGGCACUGAAGGCUGGAAAGCACAUAGUCUGCCUCCAGGAGAUUAUCAUUUAAUUGGUUGGGAUGUUGAUACUACAGGAAGAAGGCUUGUAGAUGAAAUAUGCCAGAUAGCGGCCUAUACUCCGACUGAUAAUUUUUCACAGUAUGUGAUGCCAUUUCAAGAACUUAAUCCUGCUGCACGACGAAGGCAUAACAUUAGAGUAGUUACUAUUGGUCGUUUUAGAAUGUUAAAGGACUCUAAGACAAAUAAGGUGUUGAAAACUAAAAGUGAAAUAUCUGCUCUAACAGACUUUGUGCAAUGGCUAGAGGGAGUGAAAGGAAAGUCAAGUGAUGGAGUUAUUCUUGUUAGCCAUGAAUCACGCAAAGUAGCUGCACCUCUUCUCUUGGAAGCUCUUCGCAAAUAUAAUAUGUUAGAUAAAUUUAGCUCUGUUGUCAAAGGCUUUGCUAAUGGCUACAAUGUCGCUGAAGUGAAAUGUGCUAAGACUAUUCGAUCAUUUUCACUAAGAACCCUGUCUAGAGUUCUUCUGGAUAAAGAUGAAGAACUGGACAGUGCAGUUGACAGAGCUCGUCUUUCUUUUCAGAUUGUCCAACACCUCUGUGGAGGAGAAGAAAGACAAGGAAGUGGUGAUGGAGAUGAAACAACUGCUCCAGGUCUUGUGCUAGCCAUUAGCGAAUUUACUCAGACUAUAGCACAGGAAGAAGAAGAACUUGCUAGAGUCAAAACUGUCUUGGAUCGUCAGAAUUCACUACGUCCUGUGUUUGCACCAAUGCUUAGACGAGAAAAAAAUCGUGCUGUUAACAUCCGAAAACUAGUGGCAGAAUCUGGAAUUGACUAUGAUAUGUUGACCAGUACUUUCAAGCUGAAGGGUAAUGAAGGAAUUUGCGAGUUGAUUAGUUCUAAACUUCCUCGUGCCAGGGCAAAGGAUGUAGAAGAUUUGAAAAAUCUAUUAAAGGAGCAUUUUGAAGGAGAAAAUAACAAACCAGGAGAAAACAAACCUCUGCCACAGAGGACCAAACCUACGUCAGCCUCAAAUACUGCAUCACAACCAAAUUCAACUGCAAAUGACAGUGUAGUACCUGUUGUAUCAUCUACUCAAGAGACUACUGUACCACUUUCAGCUCCAUCCUCUACUUCAACUUUGACUUCAAAUCCUAAUUCGACUCCUGUUUUCACUCCAUCUUUGCCUGCUCCUACUUCAACUCCUGGCCAAGAGUUGGCAUCAAACCCAUCUCCCACCCCAUCAACUCAGACAUCAGUUCCAGCACCUAACAUUACUCCUACUCCAUUGUCAUCUCCAGCUUCCUCGGGAGAUGUGCCUCCUGCUCCUAUUGUAAAUGAAACUUCAAAACCAGCGGAACCUGUUGAGAAGAAAGAAACUAAUCCUGUCAGCUCUCCUGACUCUACCACAAAGAAUUCUUCUUCUUCAGAGCCCCUUGUAAAAACUGAGUCAAAUUCAAAACCUGUAUCAGCUUCCAAAGAGUCUGAUGCCACUUCACCUAAUAAUCCAUCAGAAGCUGUUGCAUCCUAAAUUAUCAUUUUGAGAGUCAGUGAAUGAGUGCCUUAUUUUCCAGGGAUGACAGUUUGUUUUGUUUUAUGCCAGUGUUGCCUUAUAAAAUUAUAAUUUUGAAUAAGUAAACACCACGUAAUUAAUUUAUAAUAAUUUGCUGUAAGUCACUAAUUUUCUGUCAAGGCAUAACGUCAGCUAAAUGUUUCAACCAAUUUGCAAUAUGUAUAUUGUGCAAUGCCAAAGGCGUACUUGAGUUUAUUUUAUUUAAUGCUAAAGUUUAUUUCCAUUGAUGCCUAAGGCAUGAUUGGUUUUGUUUUUGUUAGCCAAAGGUGUAAAGAAUUUUAUUUUAUAAUGCCAAAGGCAUAAAUUGUAAAGCUAAAGCUUCUUUCAUCUUCAUGCAUUUCGGGCAGACAGCUCCCCCAAACUUUUAUUUUCCUUGAAGAGGUAUUCCCUUAAUAUCUGAAUCCUUAGUUUUCUGUACAUUUUCAUUCUGAUAAAUCGAUCUCAUUGUAAAAAAACAUUUAAUGAUGUUAACUUGUAUAUACAACUUUGAUGCUUAUAUUCUUUGUAAAUCAAAGAUGUUUUGUUAUGUAAUAACUUAUGAAAUUCAGUGUGAUUAAUCUUCUCACUUAAGUUAAAACAUUGAUGCUACAGUUUGUAUAUUAAAAUCAUGAAUUUUUUGUUAAGUUUCUGAGGUGAAUGUUUUAUACUCUUACUAUCGUGUAUUAUUGUGUUCAAAAUUGACUUGGAACAAGAUGUAGCAGUAUUAUAUCAACAUUCAGACGUAUUGUCAUUAGGUACGGGUACGUACAAAAUUUAACAAAACCUUUGUUCUCUAGAAUAUGCAAGUAAAAACUGCAUGGUUUUGAGGUUUUGAAGGCAUUUAUUCUGUAUGGCAGACUUAACUUAGAAAUUACUUGUAUGAGACUUUCACAUAAAGUUAUUUAUUUCUUAUUUCAAUAAAUUUGUCAAGAAAGGCAACAUAUCAGU